AUGUCGUACCUGGACCGCUUCAAGACGGCUGCUCGCAAGGCGGGCGAGCAGACCCAGAUUGGCACACACGCGCGCAACGUGCACGCUGGCUUUAGCCUCCCGUCGGAGUGCCAGCGCGCAGCCAACAUUCUGCAGAGUUUCCUGGCGGACCCGAACAACCCCGAGUCGGCACUCAACUCGAUUCCAAAGUCUGUGUUGUUGCAGGCCAAGGGUCUCGCGGUGUUCACUGUCGUCAAGGCCGGCUUUGUGUGGUCGGGCAAGGCUGGCAGUGGCGUCGUGAUGGCCCGCCUGCCCGAUGGCUCGUGGUCGGCGCCCAGCUGUAUCUUCACGGCUGGCGUCGGUUUCGGUUUCCAGAUCGGAGCAGACCUCACUGAAUUUGUGAUUGUGAUGAACACCGAGGAAGCUGUGCGCUCGUUUGGCCUCGCCGGCAACCUCACGAUUGGCGGCAACCUCAGUACGGCUGUGGGGCCGAUCGGUACCGGCACCGGUGUCUCCAGUGCGAUCCUGCACUCCUCACCGAUGUUCACGUACAGCCGGAGCAAGGGCCUGUACGGCGGUCUCUCGCUCGAGGGCACCGUCCUUAUGGAGAACAAGGAGGCCAACACGACCUUUUACGGGCAGCCGAUCCCUGCGAUGGACCUGCUGCUGGGCAAAGUGCCCGCCCCUGAGGUCGCCUCCGUCAUGUACGAGGUCGUCGAGGCUGCUGAGCAAGUCGACGAGUCAGGGCUCCCCGACCAGGCCUAUGUGCCACACGAGCACGCCGGCGCAGCCGGCGUCCGCGCCCAUGUCGAAUGA